GUAAUGGUUUCAAUAGAUGAAGACUCGCUAGAUUUUACGUUUAUAUUUGACCUGCACAUUUAACUUUGAUGGACUAUUUUAUACACUCAGUGACAAUACUGAUUUGUGUUUUUCUCUGAUUUUGUCCAGUUACCUAACAACACCUCACAAAAGAUGUGGACAGUACCUAAACCACGUUACGCGAAUGGCUAUAAUUUGUGUUUUGAAGAUGUAACCGAGAUAGUCGUGAACAUUGGCGGAGUCAGGGUAGUAUUGCACAGUGAUGUACUAAACCGUCACCCGGAAAGUCGCCUGGCAGAACUGGUGAACUGCUCCUCGCGGAAUAAUGAUGCCAUCUCCUCGCUCUGUGACGAGUACGACCCGUGUAAAAGAGAGUUCUACUUCGACAGGGAUCCCGAUGCGUUCAAAUGUAUCAUAGACGUAUACUACUUUGACGAGAUUCACAUUAAGAGAGGAAUCUGUCCCAUUUGUUUCAUUAAGGAGAUGGAAUACUGGAAAAUUGAACAAAGUUAUUUGGACGAAUGCUGUAAAAGUUACCUGAGCGAAAAAGAAGAAGAACUAGCCGAGAUUGCCAACAAAGUAAAGCUGAUAUUAGAUGAUUUAGAUGGAGACCCGUCUGUACACCGCUCGGAGCGCUGUCAAAAGUUCUUGUGGAAACUAAUGGAGAAACCAGAAUCCUCUUUGCCUGCGCGCGUGAUUGCCAUCGCAUCGUUCCUCUUCAUCCUAGUCUCCUCAUUGGUGAUGUGCAUAGGGACUAUUCCAGAACUCCAGGUGGAGGACGCAGAGGGGAACCUCGUAGAACACCCGACACUUGAUGCCAUAGAGACCGCCUGUAUUGGCUGGUUCACCGUGGAGUACCUGCUGCGUCUUGCGUCCUCCCCAAACAAAAUACGCUUUCUGUUCUCCUUCAUGAACAUAAUAGAUUUCAUGGCCAUCAUUCCGUUCUAUGUGGUACUAACCCUUACGUCCCUCGGCACGGCUAUGAUGGAACUGGCCAACGUCCAGCAAGCGGUCCAAGCACUUCGUAUUAUGCGCAUCGCUCGAAUCUUCAAGUUAGCGCGCCACUCCUCCGGGUUACAGACUCUCACAUACGCACUGAAAAGGAGCUUCAAGGAGCUCGGGUUGCUCCUCAUGUACAUGGGCGUGGGGAUAUUCGUGUUUUCAGCUUUGGGGUACACCAUGGAGCAAAGCCACCCAGAAACCCUCUUCAAGAGCAUCCCACAGUCCUUCUGGUGGGCCAUUAUUACCAUGACGACGGUUGGCUACGGAGACAUUUACCCUAAAACCACUCUUGGCAAGUGUAAUGCUGCCAUUAGCUUCUUGUGCGGGGUGAUAGCUAUCGCGUUACCCAUUCAUCCCAUCAUUAACAACUUUGUCAUAUUUUACAACAAGCAAAAAGUGCUCGAGACCGCAGCCAAACACGAACUGGAGCUCAUGGAGUUGCAGUCUGAUGAGGGCGCAACGGGCAAGGCCAAGAGCAAACCUGAGCAGCGGGCGGACAUGGAGAGCUCACAUGACCGACCGCAGUGACUAAAUCGCUUCUUGGAAUGUCCACCAGUACUAGUAGUAAAGCUGUGUGUCGUCAUCACUUCGUAACUAAGAAGUAGCUAAUAUGUAAGAGAUAAUUCCCGAUGAGGUGUCCAAUAUCACCUGAUAAUGGCGCGGAGGACGGUUG